CUUCCUCUCUACCACAAAAACGACGCACAGCACAGUGAGACUUCCAAAUCACACACAGGUAGAGAGUGGUAGCAGCAGGAGGAGAGAGUCACAGUCACAGAGCUCCCCCAAAUCUAAACAAAAAAAAAAAAAUGGUGAACAAACCCUGGAGGAUCAUCCCCAGGCCAUUGUUAGAAACAGUCCUCAACAACCACGCUCACCACCACCGCGUCCCCCAGCCUCUCAUCCUCCACGGCCCCCGCGGCGUCGGCAAGACCACUCUCAUCCUCGAACGUCUGCUGGGCGAGUGGAACCAAGGCCCCCACCUCACUGGCUACGUCGACUUCGCCGAGUCCAUCAAAGACCACCACCCCCAGUUCAAUCACUCCUUUCCUUGGGCUUCAUGGGCCAAUUGCCCACCUCCCUCUUUGUCCGAUUGCACAACCAAACUCGAAACCUGCCUCGAAUCCAUGGCUCACAGCGGCGUCCGGCUCGGCGCCAUUACCUCCCACCAGGUCUUCUCUACCCUUUGCAAAUGGCACAGUCUCAACAACUCUCUUCGCCGAGUUAUUCAGGGCAGUAAGGCUUCCAACAAUGCGGUUUCCGACAAGGUUUCCGGCUCCGUUCUGUGGGAUCGGGCGGUUUUCGCAUUGAGUGCUAGGUGUGAUGCUGAAGAGAUUGAUGGGGUUUUAGGGUUGAGUGAUACGAAGAAGAAGAAGAAGAGUUUGUCACUGGAGGAGGCUUCGUAUUAUAGGGAGGCCGUUGUGGCAUUGAAAUUGGCAAAGGAGGUCAUUCAGUUGCAGCAUAGCUGGAGGGCUAAUGCCAUUGCGCAUUUGAAUCGGACAGGUGGGUUUUCGAGGUCUCUGGCGAAUUCGUGUACUGAUUGGCCUUGUUUGUUGUUGGAGUUGUUGUCACAAGCUGCUGAAAUUGAUCAUUUUCAGCCUAAGCUGGUGAUAAACAAUAUCGAAGUUCUGAAGAAUGCAAUUCUGUUAGAUGAGAGUUCAUCAGUCAGUGGAUCGAUGUACCAUGACAGCCUAAUAUGGAGAAUAAUUGCUUUAGGUGCAAAUGAGAGGUGCUUGCCUCUUGUACUUGUGACAUCGGAUAGUUACUAUUCGUACCGAGCUUACAUGGAUUUUGGAUUUCCAGACAUAUUCAUCUCUCGUGAGAUCUUUGGCUGGAAUCCCCAAGAAGCCAAACUGCAUAUGGUUACUGAUUACUUCAGUCAUUCAGAGUGGUUGAUAAUUGCCGAGGUGCUUGGCCCAAACCCACGGCACCUAUUCGAGCUAUAUGCACUCAAGCAGGGCAAUUACUAUCAGAAGUUGGUGGAUAACGAAGAUGGCACAUUUGAGGACAUUGUGGAUUCAUAUUUAGCAUAUUUGCAAAUUACUGUAGUCAAUCCUGCCAUGGAGAGAGCAUUGGGGUUUCUGCAAAAGUUUGCUGUUGAUGCACACAGGGGAAAUAUAUCAAAAGAUAGACUGCGCUUUGGUGCACCUUGGAGACAUCCUCCACCAACUGAUGAACCCACAUUGUGCACUGAUUGGGCAAAGGUCCAGCUGAUGGAUUUUGUGCAGUCUUUUGUCAAUACAGAAUUUGGGGUUAAUUAUCUAGCUGAUUGUAGCCUGGAGAUCUUCGAUGAUCCAUCUGCUGUUGCAUUAGUGGAGGUUGGUUUGCUCUAUUCUCAACGGGAUCUAUCCAUCAUUCGCCCCAUAUCUAGAGCCAUUCAACGGUGUCUUGUAAGAUGGCUUGUCCAAGAGAGAUUAAAGAUGGGUUUCCGGGAAUCACUCCAGUAUUUGUGGCAGCGUAUUAUACGUGGCCGUAGCUAUCGUCAUUUAAUGCUACAAGUAGGCUAUAAGUAGAGCAUGAGAGAGGGGUUGACAAAUUCAUCUUUCAUUCGGGGAGUGAGGCCCUUGCUUCAGGUUCAUAUAAAUAGAUUGGUUUUUUGACAACAUAUUGACCCUUCUUUUCUUCCGUAGCUUUAACAGCGUGCAAAGAUGGGUAAAGUCUUCAGAAGCUGAUUUCGACGAAUUUUGUCCAGAUAUGGCUAUGGAGCAACCCUUUUGUUGACAUUUGAUUUGAAGACUACCAAAGAUACAUUUGAUAUUUGGAGAUAAGCUUGAACUGAGUAUGCUGACAGCAUCCUCGUGAUUGAUGGGAAGCGUUUUUGCUUCUUUCCCAACUAACAUUUUCCAAUAAAAAUUCAAAAGCAAAGAAUAGAUAGAGCAGAAUAAUUGUCAUCACACGAUUGUAUGGUUAUAUCACACAUUCAUUUUGUGCAAAUUUUAUGUAUAAACAGAUAUCCAUAAACAUUUUACAGGUU